AUGCGCCUCAUCAAUUGCUCAACACUACAACUGGAAGAGUUCUUCGGGGCGAACAUCCCGCGCUAUGCUAUUCUCUCGCAUACCUGGGGAGAUGAAGAGGUGUCGUUCGCCGAUUUCACCUCUGGUCAGCCCAUGGUCGGAUCUGGUUACCAGAAGAUUCUUUUCACUUGCCAGCAGGCGAUCGAAGACGGCAUCGACUACGCAUGGAUAGACACCUGCUGUAUCGACAAGAGCUCUAGCGCAGAGCUUUCUGAGGCGAUUAACUCGAUGUUCGCCUGGUAUCAGAAGUCAGUCCGCUGUUAUGCGUAUCUUUCUGAUGUCUCGGCAGCCAAUAUGAAGCAGGAUUUCCCUAAGAGUAGAUGGUUUACACGGGGUUGGACACUCCAGGAGAUGUUAGCCCCAAGAAAGGUUAUCUUCUACGAUCAAUGGUGGGUUGACUUGGGCGAUCGGGAAAAGCACGCCGAGCAGAUAUCCAAGAUUACAGGAAUUGAUAAAGUGGCCUUGUGGAAUGAACGGCCGUACACGGAUGACAAAUUCGGUUCCUAUUGCGUCGCGACGAGGAUGUCAUGGGCUUCCAAGAGGCAGACGACACGUGCGGAGGACAUGGCCUACUGCCUCCUUGGGAUCUUCGACAUCAAUAUGCCGCUUCUGUAUGGAGAAGGUGACCGGGCAUUUCGUCGUCUCCAGGAGGAGAUUAUCCGGAAGAGCGAUGAUGAUUCCAUCCUUGCCUGGUCCCUAUCGCCAGAGGACAGGUAUUCUGGUCCUCUAGGGCUUCUAUCAGAUGAUAUUAGGCAAGAUCUAUGUAAUACGACUGAUACCGACUUUUUGGCUCGCUCACCAAGAUGCUUCACAGACUGUGGCAACUUGACUCGCGCUAUGGAACCGUCCACUUUGUUCACGUUGACGAAUACGGGCCUGCAGAUCCAACUACCAAUUGUAAAGGUCUUUGAAUGCAGCGAAUAUCACUGUUGCAGGGUUGGAGCUUCAGGCCUUGUAUGGAUCGGGCUACUUGGUUGCUCGAUAUCGUUCAACGGGGACUUCUUAGGCAUUCUGCUCUGCCCGAACGGAGACGAGAAUAAUCCCAGCGUAAGAGUGAUGCGUCAAUGGUGCCGUUACAGUACUGUUGUUGUCGGUCCAAGAGCCGCGUUCGGUUCAGUCAGUAAAACAUUGACAAUUGCUGGAUUUGGUGGGUUCCAAAGAGGACGAAACUUCGACUACGCGCGCGUUGAGCAGGUUAUCGUCAACGAAUGCAGGGCCAUCCGCCGUCUUGGUUAUCAACUCCAGGCUUUUAUUGCAUGGAAGUCUGUUGGAGGAAAACCACUACUGGCUUACCAUCCGUUUUGGGAUCCAGAAGCAAAGAUUCUUACCCUUAGAGAAAUUGACCCGUUUAACAGUUUGUUCGAAUUCAGCUUCAAACCAUCGUCGAGCAGUCAAGAGCCCAAGUUCACUGUCUUUAUAAAUGGGGCUGGUAGAGGUACAGUGAGGGCAGGAGACGUCUUUUCUGAAGAUGAAAGGCUUGCCUUACACGGUCUUCUUAAGGGCAACGGCGAUCAGCCUUAUGACAAGGAUCGGGACUAUGACAAGGGCGACGUUUUGGUACAUGACGGCAAAGGGCGCCCGUUUCAUAUCCGCGUUGAGGUCCACACUAAGAUUGUUGGCCAUCAUAAGCUGGUCAGAGUUAACGUUGAUGCUUUAAAAUAUGGCGUUUCGGACAAGGAACAUGGUAGGAGCUGUAACUGCGAGAAGGAUGUAUACUUGCAUUAA